UACCACAUGAACACGAAAUGUCGCGUUUGGCCGCAACAUGCAAGUUCAGAUUGUCUAAAGUUCUCUGAUGAUACUCUUGUCAUUAGGCUGCCGAACAUGGGCGGUCACUUUUCUGUCUAUAUAAACAUUAGCCCAGCACACCUCUUGAGAUUAAUCACUCGCGCACAUGAUCAGGCACAGUGCACAUGUCUGAGCAGUCACAGUCUCGCCUAUCUGGAAUGAAAGCAGCUCAGUGAUGGAGUUCAGAGAACUGGGAGCAGACGACAGUUCUGAGGGCGAUAUGGAGGAUCUGGAUAGUGUAAAAGCCCUGACAGAGAAACUCAAACUUCAAACGCGCAGACCGUCGUACCUAGAAUGGAAGGAGCGACUGCAGGCUCGCCCGUGGACUGAUGCCAGACACAGUUCAAAUGUCAGCAGCCCAGGAUCUGUGGAGAAGGACACUCAGCUAGCCGACAUCUGGAAAGAUGGGAUGCCUUAUAAGAAUAUAUGCGGCUUUGAUACUAUAGACGACGCGUUAGAAUGGCUCAGAAACGAACUGAGGGAGAUGCAGAUGCAGGAUAACCGUCUCGCACGGCAGUUGAUUCGCUUACGCGUGGAGAUCCACAGGUUGAAGGUGGAGCAGGUGUGUCACCGUCACAAAGAGAUGCUGGAUGAUGCCACGUAUGAGCUGGAGGAGUGCGAGGAGGACUCAGACCUGCUGUGUGACAUCCCCAUGAAAGCUGCCUUCACUCUGUCCACCCCUCUCAAACAUCUUGGUCUCACCAGAAUGAACCUCAACUCCAGACGAUUCUCACUCUGUUGAGAGGCACGGCGAUGAGAGACGCCCCUCAAGAAAAUUUCUGUUACUUUUGCUGACACUGCAUGGAAACCAAAGUUUUGUUUCAUUUCAGUGUUAAAAUUGGACCAUAGCAAAAAAAUAAAAACCAAAAAUCACUUUCAGUAUUCUUCAAAUCACUAAGCCUUAUUGAACUUUGUUUGACUUGACCACAGGUGGUCAUAUCUGGAAAUGCAGUAGCCAGCACUAGUCUAUACCACUUGUGAAGGCGGACUCAACACAGGUCUGAGAAAGUCGCCAGAGUUGGAAAAAAGUUUAUAUUUACAUUUGAAAAUAGCUGAACUGAUCUGAAAAUCAAGAGGAACCUGCUUCUGUGUCAAAAGGCAUGAAAUUGGCACACUCUCAUGAGUGUUCCUGACUGCUCAGGGGAGGGAACACUCUCUCGUCAGCUUGGCUCUGAUCCCGAGCAGCAGCCUUACAGGAAGUAUGAGUUUGUGUUCAGGCAUUUUCUCACCUUGUCUCUUAAAACCUAAAAAUAACCCCCACUCUUCAGCUCAGAGCUGCAACAACUGAAAAGC